AUGUUCAAUCUAGCCAUUAUAUUCUUUUUUACAAUACUAUGUUAUACACCAACAACUAUCUAUUGUUAUACACCAUAUUCAAACAAUUUAAAAAAAUUAGAAAAUGUUCUUGAUUCAUCAUCUAACGACUAUCGUCAACCAUUACAGCAACGAAGUAUCCAAGAUGGCACCGAAUAUACAAUUAAAGAUGUAGGCGUUACAUAUAGACAACGUUUAUCAAAAGAUGAAGUAGAUGCCAAUAAUCGUCCUCUGUGUACGAUCGAGUAUAAUGAUCAAAUGCUGAAAGAAGAUGAAAUAAUUGACAUUAAUUCAAAAUUUUAUAAAGUUGAAGAAUGUCAAUUGAGUCGCGCCUAUCAUGCAUGUGGACCAAAUAUUUUUCAUAUGUUAAAAAUCGUUUGCUCAAUAGCUGAACAAUUUAUCAAAAAAAGAACGCCAUCAACAAAUGACCACAGGAAUGAUCGAAGCAGUUCAUCACUAGGCUUGUUAGCGUCGAACACUCGUCCAAAACUCAUUACUGAAUCAUGCUGUCAAAAUCUAUGUACAAUACCAGAAAUGACACGUUAUUGUCCAAGACAUGAAUAG